AUGGUUGAUGCUACAACAGGGCAUGAAGCUAUGUCAUUCAUGGAUGGGUCCUCCGGAUACAAUCAAAUCAGGAUGUCUCCAAAGGAUGAGGAGUGUACUGCUUUCCGAACUCCAAAAGGGAUAUAUUGCUACAAAGUGAUGCCCUUCGGUCUGAAGAAUGCUGGUGCCACCUACCAACGCGUGAUGCAAAACAUAUUUGAUAACAUGCUUCAUACGAGGGUAGAAUGCUACGUCGAUGACUUGGUGGUGAAGACGAAGAAUAGGCGUUAUCACCUUGAAGACCUUCGAAUUGUUUUUGAAAGGUUAAGAAAAUUCGACCUGAAGAUGAAUCCACUCAAGUGUGCAUUUGGAGUUACCUCAGGAAAGUUUCUUGGCUUCAUUGUGCGUCAUCGUGGAAUUGAAGUUGAUCCUGCAAAGAUCGACGCCAUUCAGAAAAUGCCCAGGCCAAAGAACUUAAGAGAGCUUCAAAAUCUCCAAGGAAAUUUAGCAUUCAUCCGGAGGUUCAUCUCUAAUCUAGCCGGACGGUGUCAACCCUUCAAUCAUCUAUUGAGAAAGGAUAUCCCUUUUCAUUGGGAUCAGUUAUGUCAAAAUGCUUUUGAAAGCAUCAAAACAUACUUGCUGAACCCACCUGUGUUAGGGGCGCCAAUGCUUGGGAAGCUAUUGAUACUCUACAUCGCGGCACAGGAACGUUCACUUGGAGCACUACUUGCUCAAGAGAAUGAGGAAGGAAAGGAACAAGCCUUGUACUAUCUUAGUCGAACUCUGAUAGGAGUUGAGUUGAACUAUACGCCUGUUGAGAAGAUAUGCUUAGGGUUACUUUAUGCAAUAAAGAAGCUAAGGCAUUAUUUUGAAGCAUACACCAUCAAACUCAUCUCUCGAGCAGAUCCCGUGAAGUUUGUGAUGACUCGACCUGUUCUUUCUGGACGCCUAGCAAGAUGGUCCAUAUUGUUUAACCAAUAUGAGAUCACAUACACACCUCAAAAAGCUGUGAAAGGACAAGCACUAGCCAAUUUUCUGGCUGAUCACCCUCUUCCGGCAGAAUGGGAGCUUUCGGAUGAGUUUCUAGAUGAAGACGUUUUGUUUAUCGAAGAAUUGCCACCAUGGACAUUGUUAUUUGAUGGAUCUGCACGUCGUAAUUGUGCGGGGGCAGAUGUUGUGUUGAUUUCUCCAGAAAGACAAGUCCUGCCAUUCUCCUUUGUUUUAGGUGAAACAUGCUCCAACAAUGCUGCAGAGUACCAAGCCCUGAUCGUCGGUCUCAAAAUGGCAUUGGAAAUGAAGAUUCUAAUGUUGGAGAUCUACGGCGACUCCAAGCUGAUCAUCAACCAACUUUUGGGGAAUUACGAGGUAAAGAAGGAAGAUCUAUUGCCCUACCAUGAAUACGCUUCUGGUUUACUUGAAAAAUUCGACCGAGUGUUCUUAAACCACGUCCCAAGAGAAGAAAAUCGCAAGGCUGAUGCUUUGGCUAACUUGGCCACGACGAUGGUACUUGGAGAGAAUGAGUCAACAAAGGUAUAUGUGUGUCAUCGAUGGGUUAUUCCUAGACUUCUGGAUCUUCAAGUCAACGAAAGCCAUCAUACGUCUGUUCGAGUGAUUGAAGAAGAAGAUUGGAGGCAACCACUGAUAGAGUACCUUGAACAUGGAAAGUUACCUGAAGAUCCGCGACAAAGAACAGACAUCAAGCGAAGAGCACCACGAUUCAUCUUCUAUAAGGAGACAUUGUUUCGCCGCUCUUUUGAAGGACUAUUCUUGCGAUAUCUUGACAAAGAAGAAGCCCGCCAAGCGAUGGAGGAAGCACAUUCUGGCUCAUGUGGAGCACACCAAUCUGGUCCCAAGCUCCAUUUUCGCAUCAAGAGGAUGGGCUACUACUGGGCGACAAUGGUGAAGGAUUGCAUGGAUUAUGCCAAAAGAUGUCAAGCUUGUCAAUUUCAUGCAAACUACAUCCACCAACCUCCAGAGCCCUUUCACCCAACUGUAGCUUCAUGGCCUUUUGAUGCAUGGGGACUUGAUGUUGUUGGACCACUUCCAAAGUCAUCAAUGGGACAUAUGUACAUAUUGGCCGCUACGGACUACUUCUCUAAAUGGGCUGAAGCUGUUCCACUCAAGGAGGUGAAAAAGGAAACUGUUGUCGAUUUUAUCAAGUCAUAUAUAAUUUUUAGGUACGGCAUACCAAGAUACAUAAUCACUGAUAAUGGAACGCCAUUUGACAACAAGCUCAAAGUUGUUGCAAAGAACAAGAGAGACUGGCAUGAGAGAAUUGGUGAAGCUUUGUGGGCAUACCGGACAACAUUCAGAACUGCUACACAAGCAACUCCUUACUCUCUGGUAUAUGGCGUGGAAGCAGUCCUUCCGUUGGAGCAACAAAUUCCAUCACUGCGGAUAGCAAUCCAAGAAGGACUCACGUCCGAAGAGAAUGCUCAACUUCGCCUAGCAGAGUUAGAGGAAAUGGAUGAGAAAAGAUUGGAAGCGCAACAAAAAUUGGAGUGCUAUCAAGCUCGACUAGCUAGAGCUUUCAACAAGAAAAUCUAUGAGUGUACUUUCAAAAGGCGCAAACGGAUCACAAUUUGGAGUCUCCUAGCUCGAGAUAUGAAUUUUUCUACCAUAGCGCGCAAAGCUGAAAAGCAAUUUCGCGAACAGAUGGGUCAAGUUCAGAAAACGGCUCGCGAUUUGGAUGCUCCUAACUUGAGAUAUGCGCGUUCCAAUAAUAGCAUGCAGUGUUGUGAAGCCGAAAUGACAGACUUGUGCAUCGCCUUCAAAAGUUCAUUCAGACUUGUCCUUAUGGAAUUUGGCCCCAAAUUUUGGAUAUGUCACUGUAGUGCAAGUUUUGAUUCUGCAGAACCAAGCGGAUUGCAGUUUGGACACUCCUAG